UCUCUCUCUCUCUCUCUCUCUCUCUCUCUUUGGUGUUUCUCCUCCUCUUCCUCCUCAUCUUCUUCUUCUUCAUCACCUUGGUGCUGGUGGCUCCGCACUGCGUUACCGCGAGGUGGCGGCUCUCUGGGCGGACACUUCCUAACCCAGCGCUCAGGAUUUCUUUUUCUCUUUUUCUCUUUUUUUUAUUUUGGCUUUUUCAUUUUCGUGGCUCCUUUAGGUUUCCCCGUGCGGACGACAAAUGCGCGCACCCCGCGGCCGCAGAUCCCGGUCCGGAUGGGCAGAGAGACAGCCGUGAUGGGACGCCGGACGCGCGGAAGCUGCUUGACUUUUGCCGCCCUGUCGCCGCUGCCGCCGCCGCUGCCGCUGCCGCUGCUGCUGCUGCUGCUGCUCGGCGCGUCGACCCCCGCCGUGCACGCCAGAGGCGCUCGCGGUGAAAGCCAGCAGCAUGGCCAGUCGGGGACGCUGCCGCGCUUCGUGGAGGAACCCGUGGACGCGUACAUCAUCAAGAGCAACCCCAUCAAGCUGCGCUGUCAGGCCCGACCUGCUCUGCAGAUCUUCUUCAAGUGCAACGGCGAGUGGGUCCAUCAGAGCCAGCACACGUCCAGGGAGCACACCGACCUGGGAACAGGACUGAAGAUCCGCGAGGUGAUGAUCAACGUGUCCCGCCAGCAGGUGGAGGACUUCCACGGGCCAGAGGACUACUGGUGUCUCUGCGUGGCCUGGAGUCACUUAGGGACCUCCAAGAGCCGCAAGGCCUCCGUGCGCAUUGCCUACCUGAGGAAGAACUUUGAGCAGGACCCUCAAGGCGUGGAGGUGCCUCUCAGCGGCAUGAUCGUGUUGCACUGUCGGCCACCAGAGGGCGUGCCACCAGCACAGGUGGAAUGGCUGAAAAACGACGAGCCACUGAGCUCCGGCAGCGCCGUAGCUGAUACAAAAGGCGACCACAGUUUGAUUGUCUCGCAGGCCCACCUCUCGGACUCAGGAAACUACACGUGUGUCGCCAACAACAUCGUUGCCAAGCGUCGCAGUGCCACAGCUGCAGUCGUAGUCUACGUGAAUGGAGGCUGGUCGUUGUGGACCGACUGGUCGCCGUGCAACGUGCGCUGCGGUCGCGGCGUGCAGAAGCGCUCGCGCACCUGCACUAACCCGGCGCCACUCAACGGUGGAGUGUUCUGCGAGGGAAUGUCGGUGCAGAAGAGCAGCUGCACGGCACAAUGUCCGGUGGACGGCGGCUGGGGCGAGUGGAGUGAGUGGUCGGCGUGCGGGAGCGACUGCGACAGGAGGCGGAGUCGAGAGUGCACGGCGCCCGAGCCCAAACAUGGAGGACGGCUGUGCGAGGGCGUGGCGCUGGCGGCGGACAACUGCACGGGCGGCCUGUGCACACAGAAUGGGAGACUUCUCCAUGACGCCAAGCCUCAAGGCGUGGAGAGCAGCAGCGAUGUGGCGCUCUACUCGGGGCUGGCAGCCGGCGUGGCGACCGUGGUGCUGCUCAUCAUUGCCGUCACCGUGUACCGACGCAGCCGCAGUGACUACGGCGUGGACGUCAUCGACUCAUCCGCCCUUGCCGGAGGAUUCCAGUCCUUCAACUUCAAGACGUCCCGACAAGCCAACCCCCUCCUGAUCCACUCCUCCAUGCAGCCCGAGCUGAGCGUGUCACGCACCUACACCAGUCCGAUGUGUUUCCACGACUCCAUGGACAAGGAGCUGAUGGCCGAGCGUUCGCUCCUCGACCCCUUGCCUGAUCUCAAAGUCAAAGGGAUGGCUGACGUUCCAGACUUCCACCCUCAGACGUUCCCGAGGGGCCUGACGCCAGACUACCGGGGCGUUGGCGUGGGUCCAACGCUGGGUCGGCGAGAGAAGAACCUUUUGGGCCCGCAGGCGGCGCUGUCCGCCAGCAGGCCUCGGCACAAGGCCGCGGCCGUGUUGGGUCACACGGGAGGCCGGCUGGUGGUGCCCAACACAGGAAUCAGCGUGCUGGUGCCUCACGGGGGGAUCGCGCAGGACACGACCUGGGAGACGUACGUGAUCGUCAACCAGGAGGACAGCAGCUCGGCGUUGGGCGACGGACCCGAGAUCUUCCUGAGUCCCGCCGUGACAUACGGCCCGCCGGGGCUGGACCUGUCCUGCCCCGUGGCCGUGACCAUCGCACACUGCGCCGAGGGUGCCGCCGAGAACUGGAUCGCCCGUCUGAAGCGGCAAACAGCGGACGACAAAUGGGAGGAAGUGAUGUGCGUACACGAGGAGUGCACGUCCUGCUACUGUCUGCUGGAGGCCCAAAGGUGUCACGUCCUGCUGGAGCAGCCCGGACGCUACGCCCUGGUGGGGGAGCCGCUUAUCCAGGACGCCGCCAAGCGUCUGCGAUUGGCCGCCUUCGGGAGCCCUGAUCCCAGCAACCCUCUGGGCUUCAUCCUCACCGUCUACUGUGUGGACGACACGCCGCACGCUUUCCAGGAGGUGACGGCGGGCGAGCGCAGCCGAGGCGGCCGACUGCUGGAGGAGCCCAAAGUGCUGCUGUUUCGGGGCAACAUGCUGAGCCUGCAGGUGUCCAUCCAGGACCUCCCACAACUGCUGUGGAGCAUCAAGCCUUUCACCACCUGCCAGGAGUUCUCCUUCUGUCAGGUGUGGGCGGGCCAGCAGCGCCCCCUGCAGUGUGCCUUCUCUCUGGAGCGCUACAGCCUCGCCUCCUCGCCGCACCUCUCCUGCAAGAUCAGCGUCAGGCAGGUGAAGGGCCAAGAGCAGAUCCUCCAGGUCUACACGUCGGUGGUGGAGAACCAGCAGGGGGCGCUGCCCUUCUUCUCCCAGUCGGACUGCAGCGUCACCUCUCAGACGGGGCCACGAGCCUUCAAGAUCCCGCCCUCCAUCCGCCAGAGGAUCAGCGCCACCUUCGACAGCGCCAACGCCAAGGGCAAAGACUGGCGCCUCUUAGCCAGGAAGCUGCGCAUCGACAGGAACCUGAACUACUUUGAUCAUCACGAGAGCCCAGCAUCCGUGAUCCUGAGCCUGUGGGAGGCUCAGCACCAGGACUCGGGAGACCUGGACUCCCUGGCCAGCGCCCUGGAGGAGAUCGGCAGAGUCCAGUCGCCCGGAAGCGGCGGCGAAGAGGAGCUGACCUCCCUAAAGUUGUCAAGGACAGCAGACUGAGCCAGGAUCCGCUCCUUAUUGCAUGAACGCUGCCGGACUUCCCGCUCGGCUUUGGCCCAGAGAGACCGACGCUGCAAGUGCGUAAUUCCGUUACUGAGGAACCUUUGCAAACACCAGGCGGGAACGCUGAACCUCACGGUGAGGAAUGUUUGUGUUUUUGACCAGAGUGAGUCAUCUCACUCUUAUCUUUGAGGUGAUGGACGCCGGUGACUUCCUGCGGGUGGUCCGAAUGUUUAUGUGACGUUUAUGUGUCAUGUUGUCAUUCUUUCCUUUUCCUUUCUACGUCGUGUCUUUCAUUGUGCGGAAACAGGAGUUCAGAACACAAAGAAGGAACGUCGAUGCCAAAAGGUUAGCAUCAAGAUGUUUCACAUUAAGAGUGGACGUUGAGUGCUAGCUAACACGUCGUCAUGGUAAUACAUUUAUUACAAGUUGUCGCUGCUGGUUGAAUCGUGUUUGCUUGUGGACGCCUCCCAACCUGAACCAGAACCUGGUCCACGUGCUCCAAGAUGACUAAUAAAGUGGCUCUGUGUCCAA